AGAGAGAGAGAGGAAAAAAAAAAACACCUAACGAUAAAACUUUACCAAGGUGGAUUGCUCCAAGCAGCGGCUCGUCCUUCCCUUUUCCCAAUCUCGCAGCUUCCAUCUCUCUGACUCCUCCAUCCUCCCAAAGCCGAAGCCUGCCCAGUGCCCACCCCCCAUGUCUCCCGCUGCUACCGCCGAGAUCACAACCACCCUGCUGCUCCUCUGCGCCAGCAGCAGCAUCGGAAGCAGCACAGGCUGCAGUGCAGACGGCUGCUGAUUUCCCCGUAAUCAAGCUCCCUUCCUUGCCUUGCCUUUUUCUUCAUCUUCUUCUUCUUCCUGGAAGGUAUACCGUACCCCAAGAAUCGCACAAAGAACCGCCCCCUCUUCUUCCUCCAGAAUCCAGCUGCUGCUGCUGCUAGUGGUGGCGGUGGUAGUGACCAAGUAAGAGGUUCUUGAUCUGUUCUGGUGUACGUGCACAUGGAGAUGAGAUGGGUGCGGAGGUAGCUGCGCUGUGCCUGGUGAGUAUUAGGUGAGCAGUGAGCCGCAGCUAGCGGCGAGCGCGGGGGGAGAAGGAGAUCGAUGGAGGAUCUGUACAGCAUCCACCCGGGGAUCUCGCGCGGCGGCGAGGGCGGCGCGGCCUGCAGCGAGGCGUCGGGGGUCGCCGGCGGGGCCAGCUCUCCUCCCCCGCCCCCGCCGCCGGCGGAUCUGACGGAGCUGAUGAAGGCGCAGAUCGCCGGGCACCCCCGCUACCCCUCCCUCCUCUCCGCGUACAUCGAAUGCCGCAAGGUGGGCGCGCCGCCGGAGGUGGCCGCGCUCUUGGAGGAGAUCGGCCAGCCGGAGAGGCGCGGCGGGGGCGCCGCCGCCGCCGGGGAGAUCGGCCUCGACCCCGAGCUCGACGAGUUCAUGGAGGCGUACUGCCGGCUGCUGUCGCGGUACAAGGAGGAGCUGUCCCGGCCGUUGGACGAGGCGGCCUCCUUCCUCACCACCAUCCGCUCGCAGCUCACUAACCUCUGCGGCGGCGGCGCCACCGCCUCCUCGCCGCACUCCGAUGAAAUGGUGGGGUCGUCGGAGGACGAGCCGUGCUCGGGGGACGCCGACGGGUCCGACGCCGGCAUGCAAGAGCACAGCUCCCGGCUGGCCGACCACGAGCUCAAGGAGAUGCUGCUCAAGAAGUACAGCGGCUGCCUCAGCCGCCUCCGGUCCGAGUUCCUGAAGAAGAGGAAGAAAGGGAAGCUGCCCAAGGACGCUCGGCUUGCUCUCAUGGACUGGUGGAACACGCACUACCGCUGGCCUUACCCCACGGAGGAGGACAAGGUGAGGCUCGCCGCGAUGACGGGGCUUGACCCGAAGCAGAUCAACAACUGGUUCAUCAACCAGAGGAAGCGGCACUGGAAGCCGUCGGAGGACAUGCGGUUCGCGCUCAUGGAGGGCGUCACCGGAGGAGGGGGGUCCUCCUCCGGCACGACGCUCUACUUCGACACGGGCACGAUCGGGCCAUGAGAUGGAUGGAUGGAUGGAUGAUUGCUCGUUUCCGGCGGCCGUAAAGCUUAUUAGCUCUAUUGCACACAGAUCUCACGGUGGUUGUGUGAUUAGUAGCAAGGGAGGGAGGGAUGAACGGAUGAAUGAUAUCAGAUACUAAAGAUUUAUAUUGAUCAAAUGGAUGAAUAGCCCCCAUGACCAUUUUGUCGAAAUUAUUGUGUAUAUGUAUGGGCGCUGUAAUCAGCUGGCUGUAAUGUGAUGGUGUACAAGGGAAAUUUCAGGUCACCUGUAAAAACUUUUCUGAAGCUACUACCACAAUAGCUAAUUAAUUAAUCAAUCAGAUUGUUUGUA